CAAAGCCUCGGAAGCACUGGCAUUCCCCUUUAGUGAUGCAUGUAAGACCAGUCAAGGAACAUCCGGUCUUUAGAGUUUUGGGGUACAGGAGGGAGCAAGCCUACUGUCGUCAUCCUCCCGUCUUCUCCUUCCCAGCUAAAUGAGCAUGCAAGCCUGAUAUGCUGGCGUCGGACGAUGAAUAUCUUGUACAUGCAAACACGACUUGGGGACGAAUUAUAGCACGUGGAUACUCCUGCGCAACGACUGGACAAACAAAGGCGAUCCGCUCCGCAGACGCUCGGUAUCAAAUUCCAUUUCCAGAUCAAAUCCGUGCAAGACAUUCACGUCGACGAGGCUUUAUAACCAUCACAUCGUUCGCAAGAAAACACCGGAACAAUGACAUCCGCAUGGCUCUUGGGGAUGGAGACCCAGCAACCGAGACACCGGGUCAUUUCUAUUGGACUCCACCGUCUGAUCCCGUCCUGCCUGGACUGCUGUCUACGGUCAUCAUCAUCUACGGAGGGCCCACGAGGGGCAGCAUGGCCUGCAAGGCCGUGGAGGUCGUUGAUCGCGUCGAAGAAUUCGCCCGCGUGGCCGGGUGUGACAGCGUCAAUAUAGGAUUCGGCACUGUCACACCGGCAAUCCGUCACUCCGACUGUUCUGAUUUUAUCACCGGAGCACCUCACCGGAGCCUCCUGGAAGGCCUACGUAUCCAACCUCAAGUCCCACGCACACGUCGAUAUGUGCGUGGUGGAUGAAGCCCACCUCAUUUUCGAUUCCCAGACCUGUAGUGGCUUUCGGCCCAGAAUGCUAGAACUGGGGCAGCUAACGGCAGAUAUUUGCCCGCGUCGAAUUUUUAUCACUGCUACGCUCCCACCCUCCCAUCAAGGCGACUUUGUACGCGACUACCAGAUCCCCGCGCCGAAGCGGCCGCUACCCACCACCUCGGAAUUGCGAGUCAUCACUGCGCUGAUCCAUCUCAGGUGCUUCUGAGAAGUAAGUGUAUGAGAUCUUCAUCCAUUG